AUGUCAAAAAUGCUGCGUUUAUCACAGCUCACAAAAGGCUUUAAAGCCGUGAUCAGGGAACAUGCGGAUACCGACUUCCGGCUGACGCUGAUGGAAAUGGGCUGUAUACCGGGCGAGCCGGUUUGGGUAGAGAUGAUCGCCCCGAUGGGUGAUCCGAUGGCUAUCCAGAUUGCCGGCUAUUACCUGAGCAUCCGCAAACAGGAUGCUGAAAAUAUAUGGGUAGAGGUGGCCUGA